AUGUUGAGCACCUCCAGCACAACCGCAGCCAUGGCCUCCAACACCUCCGACGAUUAUUUGAGCUACUCUGCGUACGAUGGUUUGGGCUGUAACGGCACUAACUGCUCGGAUGAAGACGACUCUGGCUGGUGUGAGGCUGACGAGCAGCAGGAACGCAUCAUCCGAAUGUUCCAGACGUGCGCGUUCUGUCUGAUCUUUCUGCUGGGCAUCAUGGGCAACGGCCUGGUGAUCGCCACCUUCGUCCUCUAUCGCCGCCUGCGGCUCCGCUCGAUGACCGACGUCUUCCUGUUCCACCUGGCGCUGGCGGACCUGCUCCUGCUCCUCACGCUGCCCCUGCAGGCCACCGACACGCACCUGGGUUGGAUCUUCCCUGACUUCCUGUGCAGAGCCACACGCGCGUGCUACGCCAUCAACACUUACAGUGGGCUGCUGCUGCUAGCCUGCAUUAGCAUCGACCGCUACAUGGUGGUGGCACGAGCUCAGGAGAUGCUGCGGCUGCGCAGUCGGAUUCUAACGGCAGGGAAGGUUGCAGCUGUUGGGGUCUGGAUUGUUGCGGUUCUCCUUAGCCUGCCUGAAAUCCUCUUCUCAGGGGUUUCAUGGUCCGGUCUCCAGUAUUACUGCGGCAUGCAGAAGAGUGGUCAAGUCAAGAUGGCCACCAAUGGAGCCAUCAUUGCUGUCUUCUGCGUGUCCCUCUCCAUCAUGGUGUCGUGCUACACCUCCAUCGGUUGGGUCCUGUGGGAGGGGCACGUAAACCGCCGAGGGAAACUGUGGCAUCGUCAGCGUACGCUGAAGUUAAUGGUAGCUCUGGUGUUGGUGUUUCUGAUCUUCCAGCUGCCGUACACCGUGGUGCUGUCUCUCAAACUAGCGGGCCAGUUCUGCGAGCUGUUGUUGGAGUACGUGACCUGCACCCUGGCGUACACCCGCUGCUGCCUCAACCCCAUCCUCUACGCCCUGGUCGGCGUGCGCUUCCGUAAGGACGUGAUGCAGCUCCUGCACGAUUGUGGCUGCCCGUGUGGGUUCCACUUCACGCUGCAGACGGUGAGCUCCACGUCCAUCUCCGCCACCUCUCCUGCCCUCACCGUGCUCUCAGCCUGCCCGCCGACCUCACCGGAUCGCAGCAACUCCAGCAGCGACGCAACGUCGCCCCUCAAGUUCCAGUUUCCAGCUCACAAAUAA